AUGGUUGUUGAUACUGAAUAUUAUGAUUUGUUAGGUGUAUCUACCACUGCAUCCGCCAUUGAAAUAAAAAAAGCUUACAGGAAGAAAUCGAUUCAAGAGCAUCCAGAUAAGAACCCCAAUGAUUUGAAGGCCACCGAAAGGUUUCAAGCCAUAUCCGAAGCUUAUCAAGUUUUGGGUGACGACGAACUUCGUGCAAAAUAUGACAAAUUUGGGAGGAAAGAAGCCAUACCCCAGGGCGGGUUUGAAGAUGCAGCCGAACAGUUUUCCGUCAUCUUUGGUGGAGAUGCCUUUGCUUCAUAUAUCGGCGAACUGAUGCUAUUGAAGAAUUUACAGAAGACUGAGGAAUUAAAUGCUGAAGACGAAGCUGAAAAAGAGAAGGAAAAUGUGGAAACAAAGAAAGAGUCCACAACAAGCAAGACAGAUGCGGCCACUAAUGAAAGUGAGGACAAGGAGAACGCAACGAAAAUCUCUAGCAACUUGACUAUACACGACGGCAAUAAAAAUAAUGAACAGAUAGGGAGAGAGACAAAGAAAAAGAAGACAAAAUUGGAGCAAUUUGAGGAAGAGCAAGUAGUGGAAAGGCAAAAAAGGGUGAACCAAUUAAGCAAAACGUUGAUUGAAAGGUUAUCGAUAUUAACAGAAAGUGUCUAUGACGAUGCCUGUAAAGAUUCUUUCAAAAGGAAAUUUGAGGAAGAGGCAAACCUUUUGAAAAUGGAAUCAUUUGGCUUAGACAUUUUGCAUACAAUAGGUGACGUUUACCACGAAAAAGCUGAGAUCUUUCUUGCAUCUCAAAACCUGUUUGGAAUGGGUGGCAUAUUCCACUCCAUGAAGGCAAAAGGUGGCGUCUUUAUGGACACGUUGAGAACUGUAUCAGCAGCCAUAGAUGCUCAGAGUACUAUGAAGGAGCUUGAAAAGAUGAAAGAAGCUAGUACAAAUAAUGAUCCAUUAUUUGACAAGGACGGAAAUGAGCAAAUCAAGCCAACUACCGAGGAACUAGCACAACAAGAGCAACUGUUGAUGGGAAAAGUAUUAUCAGCCGCUUGGCAUGGUUCUAAAUAUGAAAUAACAUCCACUUUACGUGGCGUCUGUAAUAAGGUAUUAGAAGAUGACUCUGUGGGUAAGAAAACACUUGUUAGAAGAGCUGAAGCAAUGAAGCUACUGGGCGAAGUUUUCAAGAAAACUUUCAGGACGAAAGUUGAACAAGAAGAAGCACAAAUCUUUGAAGAACUUGUUGCAGAGGCUACGAAAAAGAAAAAACAUACGUGA